AGAGGGAGAGAGAGAGAGAGAAACAGCACCGAUGAUCGACGCCAGUCUGCCACCACUCUGUAGCAGCGAGAGGGUGCAACAAAAGCACAGAACGACGUCUCAGCUUCUCUGCUCUCCGGUCCCCCUGCAUCUCUCCUCCUCCGCGCCGACAACUCCGUACACGGUGCUUCCCAGACGCAGCGGGCUGGCGACGCGAGAGGGGGGCUUCUGCCUGACAUCAACAAGUUAGGGUUGAAGGACCACAAGCCGUGAAAAGAAGGAAUGUUUGCUCUUCAAUUAAGCAAGUGAGCUGACGACAUUGCAGUGGAAAAAGAAGGGGAAGGAGGAAAAAACGAGGGGGGGGGUCGUGCCGUUCGCCAGGCUGUUCGCUUUGGAUGCAAAUCGUCAACUUCUAAAAGAUUAAGGAUUCCUGGAAGUGAGAAAAUGCCUGUUCUUUACUAAUUUGAGGAAUUGAACCAAAUCGGAGGAGGAAGGGAUUAAAGCAUUUACGAUAAAAAAAAAAAGGGAUGGACAAAACCCAACAUCCCGUGACAUGGAAUUUCUGAAUUUGUUUCAGAUGAGGGGGCUCGGCAUUGCUUUAGUUCUGAAGACCUUGAUUCCUUUUGUAUUUGCUCAAAAGGCUCUUUCCCCUUUGGAUUUCUUCUCUUCCAUCUGGCUGUUCCAGGAGUCUGAGCAAAAAGACAGUUGAAUGCAGCCGCCGAUGUUCACAAAAGAAUGGGUUUCCAUUCAAGGUGGCCAUUGGUGGGACAAGCACCAGCGGCACUUUGUGUGAUCAGCAUGCUACUGUGCCUGCCUCCCGCGUCAUGCACAGCCUGCCCUCAGAAAUGCCGCUGCGAGGACCUGCAGUUUUACUGCGACACGCAGGGGCUCCUGGCGCCCCCAGAUGGCGUGGACAAAGGGGCCCUGGGGCUCUCGCUCCGGCACAACAGCAUCAACGAGCUGAGCCCGGACCAGUUCUUCGGCUUCACCCAGCUAACUUGGCUCCACCUGGACCACAACCAAAUACUCACCGUGCAUGAGGACGCCUUCCAGGGGCUCUACAAGCUCAAGGACCUGAACCUGAGCUCCAAUCGCAUCACCAAGCUGCCCAACACAACCUUCAUCCACCUCAUCAACCUCCAAAUCUUGGACCUGUCCUUCAACCAGAUGACCGCGCUGGAGCCAGAGCUCUUCCACGGGCUCCGGAAGCUACAGAUCCUUCACCUGAGGUCCAACUUCCUGAGGACCACGCCUGUGAGGGCCUUCUGGGACUGCCGGAGCCUCGAGUAUCUGGGCCUGAGCAACAACCGGCUUCGGAGUCUGGCGCGGAACGGGUUCGCCGGGCUCAUAAAGCUGCGGGAACUCCAUCUGGAACACAACCACUUGACAAAGAUCAACUUGGCCCACUUCCCGCGCCUGGUCGCUCUCCAGUUUCUCUAUCUUCAGUGGAACAAGAUCAACAACUUGACGUGCACCAUGGAGUGGCAAUGGACCACUCUGGAGAAACUGGAUCUCACCGGGAACGAAAUACGCUCGCUGACGACCGACGUGUUUGAAACGCUGCCAAAUCUUAAGGUUCUGCUGCUGGAUAACAAUAAACUGACCAGCCUCGACACCCAAACGAUGGAUAUGUGGAAGUCCCUGAGCAUCAUCGGGUUGUCCAGCAACCUUUGGGAAUGUACCAAAAGGAUCUGCACCUUGGCCACUUGGCUAAGUAAGUUUAAAGGUCGAUGGGAGCAUUCGAUCCUGUGUCACAGCCCAGAGUACACUCAGGGCGAGGAAAUACUGGAUGCUGUUUAUGGAUUCCAGCUGUGUCAAAACUUUUCGGCGCCAGUUGUCCUGACCAGCACCACGACGGAGGCCACGUUGCCCCAAGAGUUCACUAGCUCCUUGUUUGGGAAUAUGCAGACGCCAACGCAGGACUUCUAUUCAGAGGAUUUUGGGAGCUUUACUAUUGUCACGACUACUACCACCACCACCCAGACCCCACGUACCGCCCUGGCUACCACCACCACGGUGGAAGGGGCGGAUGUUACCGAGGACUACGCCAUGAUGGACAACACAGUGCUGACCCAGAGAGUCAUCAUAGGUACUAUGGCCCUUUUGUUUUCCUUCUUUCUCAUCAUUUUUGUAGUGUACAUCUCACGGAAGUGCUGCCCUCCCACUCUACGACGAAUCCGCCAUUGCUCAGCCAUUCAGAACCGCCGGCAGAUGAGGACCCAGCAGAGGCAGCCAAUGACGGACCUGGCGACACAGGUGCCCUAUAACGAGUACGAGCCGAGUCACGAGGAGGGGGCACUCGUGAUCAUAAACGGCUACGGGCAGUGCAAGUGUCAGCAACUGCCUUACAAAGAGUGUGAAGUAUAAACACUAUUUAUUCCUGCAGUUUAUGGGUUUACCAUUUUAACCAUUUCAAACGAUACAGGGUUUGUUUUUGGACUCAUUUUUAGUUUGUAAAGAAAGGGGAGAAAAAAAAAACAAACAAACAUUAUUUCUACUCGCUAGCUUUGAAAGUCAAUGGGGAAACCUGGAGGUCACAGGGAUGGAAAUACAGAGAGAAUAGAUAUAUAGAGAAAUUCACAAGUUUAUUUUUGUAAUACGAAAGCAAGGUUCAUAUCAAGCUGGGGCAAUCAAUCUCAGAUGAAGGUGGUAUUUGUGAGAUUUGUCACUGCAUUAUUAGUCACGUAGAGAGCAGCACAGAAGCAGCAGAAGAGAGGGGAAGAGAAAAACCUAUAGCCAAAUCACCUGGAUACUUGUGCUCCAGAAAAUGACGGUUUAUAAAAUGCUCUUCUCAAUCUGAAGGUGAAAUUUUAUCAAGUGGAUUAAAGUGCUGUUUUAAAUGGUGUGUAGAAAAGAAACAUCUGACGUGCCAAAAGGGGAAAUGAUGUGUGGUGCACAUUAGACACUAUAGAUCACACCCACUCACUUUUGGGAAAAUGAUCAUGGCUUCAUGGUUGGUUACAAAAAAGUUUUUUUUUUUUUUUUUUUUUAAAAAAGUCACCUUUUUGUAACAAAACAAUUACGGGGAGAGUACUGUUAAAUUAUUCCAUACAUAAAGAGUUAGGUGAUGAACUGUUUAAAGAGGGGAUUCUUCAGCCAUCUCCAUCUUUUCUUCCUUAAAAUGUCUACCAUGAUCCUUUUUGUUUGUGCAAACUACCCAGGUACAGCAUCAAUGUGAACUUAAAGAGACUGAGAGCAGAGCAGCCUUCCUGUUUUUCGGUUUAAUUCAAUAAAUGACACACGGUUCUUUGAAAGCUGAGAAGCUGGCCACUGUGUGCGGAAAGGUUAAUGUUCAAUCUGACUCGUUACAUUUGCGUUACAUUUGCCAAGUGUCUGGAUUGCUCCCUUGACAAUGACGUUGGAAGGGAUUUAAUAAAUGUUACGCACAUUCGCUUACUUGAUCUUUGAGCGUACACAUGUUCAUUCAUUUCUUAUUUCCAGCAGAGAGGAAGCGAGAGAUAGAGGGAAAAAAAAAAUGACGAUGGCUUGGAGGUAAAUACUCCAGCCCUUCAACGACAUACUCACUGUGACGGUUUGCUGCUGCUUUGACCACUGCGUCAUAAAUGACGUUAGGAGGAGAUCAACAACAACUUAUAGUAGAGGACAAUUAAAUGCAAUCACCAAACAGAGAGAUUAAAGUAACAGACAGAGACUUUCGUGCAAGAGAGGAUAAAAGGGAAAAUGAGCAAGAGGAGGGGAUAAAACAAGUGAUAGAACACUAGAAUCACUAGUCCAAAGAAAUCAAAUUCAUACUGGCUCUACAACAGCCUUGCUCAAUGCCUCGGAGAGUGUAAUCACACCUGACAGCUUGAAGAUUGAGCCAAUUAGAGCCGGACAGAAGGAAUCUAAUAUUCUGUCACCCACAUCACUGCUCCAAAAAGAAAGAUUUAGACCGGGUGGACAUUUAGCAGGAGCACUUACAAAGGUUCAGUCGGAGGACGCACUUGCACUCGUCUUCCGAGACAAGGGAAAGGAAGGACAGGAGAGAAGGGAGGAUGGGAGGGGAAAAGGAAAAGGAAAAAGACAGAGCACUUUUAUUGACAUUCCUGAUGCAGGAUGGCUGAACGGCGGAGGAGGUUCUUUAUCUUAGGCAUAUUACUGGCACGACGUGACAGCGUGGCAGGGAGAUGAAUGGGUUAGACAGAUGAAUGAGUGAGGGAGAAGGCGCGAGAGAAGGCGCGAGAGACUUAGAAAGAGGGAAAGAGAGAAAGUGAAGAGUUGCGAGGCUCCUGGGAGAGCGUAUAGUCUGAAGUCUUUCCACUAAACCAACAGGAGGGGGAGAUGGGGGAGGGCUGGGUCAGGACACAUUUGUAUGCAGCAGGGAGAGGAUGUGCAUUAGCAUCAGACUGCUGAAGAAGCCGGCACAGCGGUCGGUGGUAGCAGGAGCAGCUCGCUGCGUUUCAUUUAUAAGCUCGGAGGACAAGGAAAGGGAAAAAGCGUGGUAGGGAGGGGUUUGAGCUGAGCCAAGUCUAACUAAUGUCUAACCUUCGCCGAGGAUGAGGAUCUGAAAAUCUGCAGUAGAGUGACAUUGUGUAAGGGCAUGCACAGGGGGAGGAGAGGGGGUGGAAUAAAAAAAAGACGACAGCUAUGAUUAUGAUGAGAAUAUGAGAUAACACAUAACAGUAAGUGACGACACUUUAGGCGCAAGACCUGAUCUAAUCGACAGCGGAGUCACAGACGAGGUUGAUCAUCUAGGACCGGAAAAGAACCUGUAACCCGUUAAUAGCCCAGUGGUUUUAAAACUAAUAAAGCAAAAGGAAGGUGGUAAAGCUAGAUGCUAGUUACGCUAGUCACGCUAGUUACACAUCACAUCAAAACUGAGGCAAAGGAUUUGAGUGGCGUGCCCAGAAAAAAAAUAAAUAAAUAAAAUCUUCUGAGGCUCUGCUGCUCAUAUCUGAGGUAUUUUUGGCAGAACUUAAAAUAGAGAAAGCAUUACAGCUAACGUGCCGUGAGGAGUGAAGAGUGAGGGAGGGAGUAAUUACCCACCACAGCACAGACUGCCGAGAGGGAGUCUGAUUGGUGGGCUGAAGGAAGAGAAGAACAGCCCACUAGAGGGCAGUGUGAGGGGAUUAUUGCAUUUUGCAAGAUAUAAGAAAUGAAACGAGAUUGGUAGUUGUUUGAUUCAAUUGUUACAUUUCUAUGUAGAUUUGAUGCAAUACUUUCUAGAAAAAAUGGCAAAUUUAUGGCUUCAGUGUGGUUUGCAGACUACAGCCAGAGGGGAUUGCCUGUUUGACAUCAGCAGCCAGAGUCAGAGAUAGUAUUAAUGGGUUUUAAGCAGAUACCCUGUCACUCACUCGCUGGGGAUGCUGUAAUGCUGGUGGACACAGGCAUCUGUUGGCUGUUGUAUUAUAGCUGGGAUGUGGCGCUUUCCUCCAGGAAUGUUUGCCACCUAAUAACGCUGUAUUACUAGGGGCAGCUUGGAAAAAAGCUUCGAGUUUUAAAGAGCAUUAGCAUUGCUGUUUGAAGUGGGUGGGUUAAAUGGCUCGGCUCAACUAGAAUGAUUGGGGCAAAACAAAUAUUUUUUCAAAAUUUACCAAAAAAGGGACUUUUUUUUAAUAAGAAUAAGACUUUCUUAAUGCUCAAAUGUAAGAUUUGAGUCCAAUUCCUUCUGCGGCAUUUUAAAAAAUCUGUACGAAAGUGAAGAGCCACAAAAAUUAAGAUGCAAGGUUUUGCAAGUCAAAUUAAGAAAGUGUUAUGCAUCGUAAUUAUAUAGAAAUGUAACAACCAUCUCCACCUCAGACCCUUACCAACCAUAAGUCAAUUUAAAGAAAGAAAUGACAAGACAAUUCACCCUUAUUCUAAAGCAGAAUUACAUGAACCAUGUUAAAAGGCCAUUAAGUCAAUGUGUAGCCUAACCUUUUCCAGAAACUUAAUGAUUUUUUGCAACAUCUACAUACAAAAAGCCCACACACAUCAAUGAUAGAGUCAAUAGGUGGUGAAAGCUAGGCCGGAAACAUACUUCACAUAAUAUAGCAAACGCAGAUGCUUCAAGCUACAAAGACUGGGAUUCCCACGCAAUUUCGUUAAAAAUAUAUAUGUAGCAACCCAUUUCAUAAUGCACUACUUUUGCAAGCUCCAUUCUGGGGCUCUAUCAGCAACAAAGUUGAUACGCUUUUUCCAGGGGAAACGUCAUGGCGGUAAUCGCACCCAGUUUACAGACAAUACAACUGGUGCUCUAUCGCCCUCUUAAGCUCUGAGAAUUCGAACACCGAAAACAGUGCAAGAACAGACGUUAAUUCUGUAUAACUGCAUCUUGUGUUGCCUCAAGCAACACUACAGUGACAUCCAAGUUGUGUUGUAGCACUGACUACAUGCUUUUCGUCCAGUAAACAGCUAUGGCUGCAAUCCCAUCCAUUUACAGAUGCUGUGAUUUGCUCCUCAAACUGUCCUCUUACAAACCGAUCAUUUUAAAAUGCCAAAGUACUGUAAAAAACCCAAAUGUUCAAUUUACACAGCAGAAUUUAAAGCACUGACUAAAAUGCCACUACAGUGAUGAGCAAUGCAUUUUUCGGGUUUCCUGUUGCUUUACAAAAGCUGUGAUUAGAAAAGUAACAAACUUUUCUAAAUCACAGCUUUUGUGACAUUUUGUCUUUUAGUGCUGGCAAUGUGCUUUUUUCCAGCCAACAGUCACUCAUCGCUCUAUAUUUGGUGUUUUAAGCACCAAAGUGAUGUACAAACGGACAUCAAGCAUUGCGGCAAGCAGCGAUAAAGUAACAAUCAAGUUGCUAGUAUUUUGGAGUUGACAACAAGAUUAGCCCAGAGUCUACAAAACUAAUGAUUCUGUAUUUCAGUGAACCACUGGAUCUGUGUUCCCCCCCAAUCAACAGUCAUAGCGUUUAACCCAUCCUGCUAACAGAUACGAUUUGUGGUCUACUGCCUCUUUCCCUUAAGUACUGAGUGUUUUAAACGUCAAAGUAAUAUAAAAACACGUACAUUUUGUACAGCAGCAUUAAAAGCAUGGCUGCAAACAGUACUACAGUGACAGGUAAUUGCUGCUUUAAGACAUUUGAAAUUUCCUCCUAAAACUACAGUACCUAAAACAUUUGUUAAUUUUGUCUUAUAGUGCUGGCGAUGUGCUUUUUCCAAUCAACAGUCAUGGAAGUUGUCCUCUAUGGCCCUCAAUUUGGUGUUUUAAGCACCAAAGCAAUGUAUGAGUAGCAUUUAAAGCAUUGCCGCAAGCAGUGCUACGUUGUUGGUCAACUGUCACGGCGGUAACACCAACCUGUUUUACAGACAAUACGAUUAUUAAAAGAGUUCACAAAACUAACGAUUCUGUAGCAAAACAUUUUAACAUGUUGCAACAAGUGUGGGCUACAGCAACAGCCAAAAUGUUAUGUAGCUAGCACUGUUGCUGUGCUAAUUCCAGUUGACUGUAAACAGGAUAGGGUUAUAGCUAUGACAGACAAUGCGAAUAGUCCUCUAUCACAACCCAUUGAGAACUAACUGAGCAUUUUUACGGUACUUUGGCGGUUAAACUGUUAAAAUAUAUGAUAAAAGAAGCUCAGGUUUGUAGAGCAUUGGCCGUGCAACACUGGCAUCUGCGUUAGCAUACUUGCUAAUUUGAGUAUGUUUCUGGCCUAGGGCUUCUGAACUAACCAACCCUGUUAAAAAGAACAUCAACGAAGCCAAGCCACUUCAACUUCCUCUUUCUUAUAGUUUCAAAUUUACCAAAAAAUAUGAAAAAAUUAAAAGGGAAGAAAAGGAAAAAGUAAAUUUUCUCCACUUUGUGUACCUCCCAAAGCGUUGUAUUGCAUGUGUUAAAGCAAAGCGAAGGAUUUUAUCUCGUCAUUUCGGCGCCAUCUGAGCAACAAGUGAUUGACCUCUUUCCUAGCGUGCGAGUACAGAUAUAGAGAGAGACGAGGGCAGGAGAGAAAAAGAAAAAAAAAAAAAAAAACAGUAAUACAUUAUCUUCUGCAGAGGCGAGAACAGGCAGACACGGAACGACAUAUCACUGUUUACCAAUCAGCUUCUCAAGUGACAGCAAUCCACAGCUCUGUGGAGACGCAUCCAUUUGCACUCACUCAUGCACUUGUAAACAUUCUUUUUUUAUUUUUUUUCUUCUUAUUUGGUUUGAUUUCCGGUUCUUCUCGUCAUAACGCUGAAUUUCUUGCUCCGGACUCUGCCCAAACCCCCUCCCCCCUGCCCCCCUUUCUGAGAACACACUCCCUCAAACUCUUUGUGCAAAAUGAAUGCUUUUCACACCCUCUUUUCCUUUUGUAUUGUAUAUGUAAAAUUUCAUAUAUGUAUAGUGGAUAAAGAUGUGGCCAACUGGAGAAAAAAAAAAGUCCUUAAAACAUAUAUUUUUAAAUAAAAUGUUACAAUUUA